AUGGGCUGCGCUUCGUCCGCCGAGGAACGUGCUGCCCUAGCACGUAGCAAACAAAUUGAAAAAAACCUCAAGGAAGAUGGUAUCCAAGCCGCCAAGGACAUCAAGCUGCUGCUCCUCGGUGCUGGAGAGUCGGGCAAGAGUACUAUAGUAAAACAAAUGAAAAUUAUUCACGAAAGUGGGUUUACGAAUGAAGACUUCAAACAGUACCGGCCCGUGGUUUACAGCAAUACGAUUCAGUCGCUGGUCGCCAUUUUGCGCGCCAUGCCCAACCUGGGUAUCACCUACGGGAACAAGGAUCGUGAGAGCGACGGCAAGAUGGUGUUCGACGUGAUCCAACGAAUGGAGGACACGGAACCGUUCAGCGAGGAGCUCCUUGCGGCGAUGAAGAGGCUGUGGGCGGACUCCGGGGUGCAAGAGUGCUUCGGCCGCUCUAACGAAUACCAGCUCAAUGACUCCGCGAAAUAUUUCUUGGACGACCUCGACCGGUUAGGUGCUAGAGACUACCAGCCCACCGAGCAAGAUAUUUUAAGAACAAGAGUCAAAACCACUGGCAUCGUUGAAGUACAUUUCUCCUUUAAAAACCUUAAUUUCAAAUUGUUCGACGUGGGCGGGCAACGGUCCGAGCGAAAGAAAUGGAUCCAUUGCUUCGAGGACGUUACCGCGAUUAUAUUCUGCGUAGCGAUGUCCGAGUACGAUCAGGUGUUGCACGAGGAUGAGACGACGAACCGUAUGCAAGAGAGUCUGAAGCUCUUUGACUCGAUCUGCAACAACAAAUGGUUUACAGACACCAGCAUCAUCCUGUUUCUAAAUAAAAAGGAUCUGUUCGAAGAGAAGAUCCGCAAAUCGCCGCUCACCAUCUGCUUCCCGGAGUAUACGGGCGCGCAGGAGUACGGCGAGGCGGCGGCAUACAUCCAGGCGCAGUUCGAGGCGAAGAACAAGUCGACAACCAAGGAGAUAUACUGCCACAUGACCUGCGCCACAGACACCAACAACAUCCAAUUCGUGUUCGACGCAGUCACCGACGUCAUCAUCGCGAACAACCUGCGCGGCUGCGGCCUCUACUAA